AUGGUCAAACAAAACAAGCAAACCGCAUCAUCAUCGGCGGAUGCAUUGAGCACUGGUCUCGCCGGGCGAAGCGUGAAUGAUGCUGCUCGUGCUGCUGAUGCUGCUCGUGCUCUUGCUGCUGCUCGUGCUGCUGCUUAUGCUCGUCGUGAUGCUGCUGCUCCUGUACCUGCUCGUGGUGCUGCUCGUGCUCCUCCUGCUGCUCGUGUUGCUGCUUUUGGUCGUGCUCCUCCUGUUGGUGUUGAAGCGACCUCGAGUUCUGCUCCUGCUCCAGAUGCUGCUCCCAUUGAGCUUGCUCAGAUUGCAAGCCAUCAGCUGGUGAUUGAUCUGCAAACCCAACUGAUCCAAGACGAUCGAAGACAUGGACAAGACGAUCCAAGGCAAGAACAAGAUGAUCGAAGACAGGGACAAGACGAUCCAAGACAAGAACAAGACGAUCCCGGGAAGUUGAAGCUGCACGAGUGGUUGGAAUUCACAACACAGUGCGAAUUUGUAAGCCACCCUGCCAUUCUGAUUGUCGAAAUGUGCAACUUUGAGGCGAAAUUACGGCUGAAACUCAGUGUGAAUGCAAUUUCAUGGGAAGUGUCCUGCAUCGGAUCACAAUCAAAUGCAAGGCUCGCCAACCUAUUCGUCAAAUCCGAUACCUCCUGGAAAAUGAAGAUUCCAGGGUACAAGCUGAAGGCGGCGUUGCCGUCGCCUCCCAGGUCGUUCCUGGAAGGGCAAGAACUUUCGACGUAUUCCGCGCUUGCAAAUUUUUGCCAGCAAGUCUGUUCCCUGGUUGAGUCAACGGUCAAAUUUCACGUCAUCGCUCAGGGGUCGUUCGGACCUGAUCUCGUUGCGAUAUCCACAAGGACGGCGAACGGCAUUCCGUCUAACAGUCUGCAAAACCAAGGGGCUUUGGCUGCAGCUGUAGCGGGUGGUUCACAGGGCGCGGCCGCAGCCGGUGAUUCACAGGGCCAGGCCUCCACAUCCACGAGUUCGAGCACUGCUGCAAGGUCAUCCGCAAACAACUUGUUCGCUCGUCUACAAUCUGAAAUCCUGUUCAUGAUCGAAGUCCAAACACAUGCUUCGCCACUCAACGAAGCAUGUCUGCAACUCGCAAGCUACAUGGUUAGCCGUCUGCGAUUCGACAACCUCAAGGUCAUGGAGUGUGUCGAUUCUUGGCCAGACUUUGUUGAAGGAAUACUCUGGCGCGGUCCCAGCGUCUAUGUUGUUCGAGUGUUGCUGAAGAAGCAUGGCAAGCUCAUUGCACCUGAAAUUUCCAGUUUGGCGGCGGACCCAGCCAGGGCGGUUCUGUUUCUUGUGUCGAGAGCCAUCAAAAACGCUGCGGGCGAUCGCGAAUUCGAUUGGAAGCACGACUUUGACGACGACGACCACGACCACGACAACGACCACGACGACCACAACGACCACAACGACGACGACGACGACGACGAUGACGACGACGACGACGACGACGACGACGACGACGACGACGACGACGACGACGACGACGACGACGACGACGAUGACGACGGUGGCCAUCAAGCUACGGACGAAGGUCCCGCGCGACACAAAGGGAAACAAUCCGCGGCGAACAAAGGUAAAAACCGCGCGCAAGGUCAAGACGCGGCGAAAGUUCCAACCCCCAGGAACAAAAACGGCAACCAGCGUCGCACAGCCAAUUCGCGUGUUCUCAAUUUGGCAACUGGCCCGCAACCUCUGCUCGAUGCCCAGGUCUUUCAUCGCGAUUUCAUGUUCACUGGCAAGCUCAGCCUGAACUCGAGCGAGGAAUUCACCAAUGUGGUGGUCAAGUUUGCCCCGGCAGAUCGCAAUACGCUCACAGAACAGCUGGCGCGUGAGGGCAUGGCAUUAGCCCUCCUCAACCAUGACCGAAAGGAAGCUGCUGCUCAUGGCAUUCCCGAGCUGCUAUCGUUCUGCACUGCCGAUUUUAAUGGAAAGUCUGGACUGGCGUUGGUCACGGGCCUCAUUCCUGGUACGAGCGUUGACUGGAAGCAACAUCAACCAUAUGCGGCAAGCAUCGCCUCGCAAGUUUGCGACACUCUUCGCUGGAUUCAUGCGCAAGGAGUGGUGCACGGCGACAUUCAUCGUGGGAACUUGCUGGUCACCCAAAUGAACUUACUACCGACGCCACCCGCCUCACCGCCAAAAGGCGCCCUCGAGUCGCUGCCCAAAGGCGCUGUCGAGUUGCCACCUCAUUCGAUUGCGUUGGUCGAUUUUGGGCUUUCUUGCUUCCUUCCAGUUGCGACGCGCGAGCACGUGCAGACAGCACUCUUGGCAGCGCCUGUGACUGUCGAAGCUACCGCAAAGCUCAAACCGUGGCUCAACCGCGUCGACGACAACUCGUGGGACGUGUGGCCAGGCCACUUUUACCACAUUGCGCGCAGUGAGAAGGCAAUCACUCCGCAGGCCGACUUUCUCGGUCUCGGCUUGCUUGCUGUGUCGCUAGAGAUCGGUGGCACAAAAGUCCUGCAGCAGCAUCUUCAUCUGGACGACUCCGACGCUUUGUCAUAUUCGGCUCGGACUCCAAAGCGCCAGCUGUUGCGUGAUCAAGACGGUCUACUCUCCCAGCUGCUCGCGCAAUGCCCCACAACUUUGCUCGAGGUGCAGAAGAUUGUUGCGCUUGCAGACGGGUAA